AGCAACAAAAACUCGCAAUCCGAGAAGAAAUGUCGCAAGAGGGAGAGUAUCUAUUCUUUCUGUCGGAGUUUUUGUUCCCCAAUAAACUCAAACAAACGAUUUAGGUAUCACUCACUUCACGUGCAUCAAGAGUGUUGCAAGAACGAUCAUAUCAUGCCGGUGGCGCGGAAGCCGCACCGACGAGCUCAAGAACAUCGGGGUACGCCAGUUCCUCCACCGCACCAAGAGCUUCAGGCUCGCUCUCAAAUCUAAAGAGAAGAAGAGUGUCUUCCUGCAACAUGCGAACAUUCACGGCACUGGUCCUCGGAGCAGGACUACGGUCAGCAUGCGCUGCCCUCCCUCCAGGAUAUGAGGAUGAAGUUUUUUGCCCACCUGGUCACUGUAUGAUGGAUAAGGACAUGGGGCCAGGCUACUGUGGACCGCGAACAGCGUUCCUCCAGUGCGUCAAAGAGGAUACUCUUGAGUCUGGUGGGCCUCCGAAGGCGUGGGGAUUUCAAUUGGGAGAGGUAAUGAGACUAACUCCUGAAAGUUUAAGACCAUGAUCUGUGAAGGUUCCUUGACUUCCUUUUUCCUUGACUUCUCUCUGACUGGAGCCAAAAACCUUUUGAUAGAAGAAACAAACAUGCACUACCACCACAUCACCAGGAAAGAAAAGCCGAAUUACUGCAGAGCGGUCAUCAUAGUACGCAGUGCUCAGAAGAUAUCCAGAAGCGCUUUAAAACUGCACAGGCCGAAAAAGACGUGGCUACAGCACAGGAAGAAGCAAGCUCAGAACCGAAAAAGGUGCAAGUCAUGGCCACAUCUUGACAGAAAAACGACGAGCUGUGAGUAACACGAAUUUUAGGCAAAAUUUUGUUGUAAGUAGUUUGAACAUUUGGGACCACAGUAGAUGUGCCGCUAACUACUGUCCUAUUGUAAGUACGUAGAAGGAGGGGAAGCCAAU